AUGACAGACGGGUUUUGUACAGAUUGCAAGGCAUAUACACCUAUUGUGUUUGAUCACACGGCAGGUGACACAAUAUGCUCUGAGUGUGGACUCGUUCUUGAAUCCCGCUUCAUAGAUGAAACCUCGGAGUGGCGAACCUUUGCCGAUGAGUCCAGAGAUAAAGAUCCCAACCGUGUUGGUGCCCCCUCAGACCCUUUGCUCUUCGGUGGCGGGCUUGGCACGGUUAUUACCAAGAUUGGUGCUUCUUGUGAUUCUUCUUUUUCAUCUUCAAGAGUAAUUAACCAGUGGCAGAAAGUUGCACAAAACCCAGAUGCCUCUCUUAUCAAUAACUUCAAAAGGAUUGGUAACAUGGCUGAUACGUUAGGCCUAAUGGAGACUAUUAAGAAUCAUGCCAAAGAGUUAUACAAGAAGGUGACUGAUCAAAAUGCUUGUAGGGGAAGGAACUUGAGUCCCAUAAUGGCUGCUUGCUUGUACUAUGCUUGUCAAGAAGAGGGUUGUCCAAGGACAAUGAAGGAGAUUGCCAUGGUUACUGAGGGAGCAACAAGGAAGGAUAUAUACAGAGCCAAAAGGUUGGUAAAGGAAAAGUUAGAGAUUGGUAACAAAGUAAUACAUGCUGGGGAUCUUGCAAGACGUUAUUGUUCCAAUCUUGGUUUGAACAAUCUAGUAACAAAGGCUGUGCUAGAAACCGUGAAGAAAUCUGAAGAGUUUGACAUAAGGAGAACCUCUACAUCUAUUCUAGCAACGAUUAUUUAUAUGAUAACACAGCUUUCAGAUCGGAAGUGCUCUCUUCGAGAUAUUGUACUUAGUGCUGAAGUUUCAGAAUCGACCAUCAAAGGGACAUUCAAGGAUCUUCACCCUUAUGCUUCAAGGCUGAUACCUAAGUGGUAUGCAAACAAGAAGGACAUCGGGAAACUUUGCUUCCCUUGAAGCUGUGAAGAAAAUGGUGAUGCAAGUUACAAAGACUUCCUAGUUAGAACUGGAUUUUUAUUUUAUUUUAUUGUA